GCCUUUCCGCCCCCGCCCACCCCAGCAGCCCACCACUGAAGGAGGCGAUGGAGAGACCAAAGCGGCCCAGGCCCCGGCAGACGGCAUCCGCCCGGAGCCCCAGCGCCAGCGCAACCGCCCUUACUUCCAGCGCAGGCGCCAGCAAACGGCCGCCGGCCGCCAGACUGCAAAUGAGGCUGCCACGGCCACCAAAGACCCACCUGCUCCCAGCUCCGCAGCCGCAGGUGGAGACACUCCUGCCUCGGCUCAAGACGCGGUGAUGGAGGCCAGCAAGCCCGCCUCCCCGGCCCAGGAGAACGCCUCCCAGCCGCUGCCGGAAAUCCAGCAACAGCUUGUGGACAUCUCAACACCUGAGCCUGGGGGAGAGCUGGCCCCCACCGCCGUCCUGGCAUGAUGCGCCUUCACCCGGUCAGGGGAUGCCGAGAGCCGUGAUCUGGUGUCCACCAUGUGCCUGCCAACCCAAGUUACCUCAUCCUGGACUUGAAGAGACCCCAAACUUCACCAGUAUCCCCCCUUUUGCUGCUGUUGAUGCCCCAAAUGUGUAAAA